AUGGAUGUGUUGAGUGAAGAAAUCAGGAAUGAAGAGCUGUGGAAGUUGUUGUACACUGAUGAUGUAGUGAUUACUGCUGAAAAUGAGGAGGACCUACAGAGAACGGUUGGAAAGUGGCAGAAGUCUUUAGAAAGGGGUGGUUUAAAGGUGAAUGUGAAUAAAACAGAGGUUUUGCUGAGCAGUAGGGAAGAUGGAGACAGAAUAGUAAUACAAGAAAGAAGAGGCUUGAAUAUAAAACAGGCUGAAAAGUUUAGAUACAUAGGAUCUACUUUAAGCCAAGAGGGAGGAUGUGAGGCUGAAGUUGACAGUAGUAUAAAAGCUGUAUGGGGGAAGUGGAGAGAGGUAGCUGGAGUGGUAUGUGAUAAGAAAAUGCCAAUCAAGAUGAAAGUCAAGAUGUAUAGCACAGUGAUAAGACCAGUGUUAAUGUAUGGAGCAGAAACAUGGGAUCUAAGAAGAAAAGAGGAUGUGAAGCUUGAGAGAACAGAUAUGAGAAUGCUGAGGUUGAUUAUUGGAAUACCACUGCUUCAUAGAUUGGAAAAUGAUGAAAUAAGAAGGGCAGGCUUAGUAAAGAUUACAGAGGUGAUAAGAGAGUCAUGUGACAAGGAAUAUAUGGAGAGAAGACGUUUGGUGGAGGAUGAUGUCUUUGAUAGAAAGCAGUGGAGAAGGCGCAUCAGGCAACCGACCCCUUAA